AGAAUGCACAGCUCUGCAGCGCUACAAGGACAGUGAGCUUCUCAUAGAGCGAGCGAGAGAGAAGAGAGACUUGACGCUCAGCUUGAACAUCACACAAUACGAACUCACCUACCACGAGACGCAGCUGACCAGCGGGCAACACAUACUCCCAGGGUGGAUCUCCGUCAUCAGGAGCAUCUUUUUUUCUUCUUUACAAAACACUAAAGAAGACCGAGCAUCUGGAGACUAUUCGCAGAAUGUCAUUUUUCUUGUAGAAACCCACCAUAUGCAGGGAUCCUGAGGGUCUAGUCCUGUCUCUGUUUUGUGUCUGAAUGAGAGUGUGUGCAAACCUAAGCUGCAGGGUCACACCUUCGCUGGCUGAAGCAAGGGCUUGUAAGCUGUGCCGUGCAAGAGGUGACUGAGGCAGAGGCAGGGGCAGUUUUGGAAAUCAAAAGAACUGUUGGGUCAAGAGGUACCAUGAGUGAGUCCAAGAAACGUGAGGUAGAGCUGAGGGAUAAAGCCAUCAUGCACCAGCAGAGGAGACUGAAGCAGGCCACCCAGUUCACGCACAAGGACUCGGCUGACCUCCUGCCACUGGAUGGUCUGAAGAGGCUGGGAACAUCCAAAGACUUGCAACCUCACAGCAUUGUGCAGCGGCGCCUCCUAGAGGGUAAUAUCUCUCGGCUGUGUGGGGAGGCGCGAGACACCCCGUCCCAUGUCCGCUCACCUCUCGCCGACAGCAAGGAAGGUGCUGAGGCAGAGGAGAGGAGCGAAAGCACCAUAGAUGACUCUACUGAGGAGAGAGAGUCACCAGAGGAGAGCGAGAGAAGUCUGAGGUCUGAGGAGGAAGAGGAGGAUGAGGAGGAUGAACAUGGUGAUGACAGUGAUGCUGUUAGAAAGGCAGAGCUUAAAGAAAAAUGGAUGGAGGCAGGGAGGGACGGAGGAGGAGAAGAAGGAUCAGAGGAGAGUGAGACAGUGUCCACCUUGUCAGCUUUGCAGGUGCCGUGUAAGUGUGGUGAUGCUGAGGUCAAGGUAUCCAUUAACACAGGCUGUCGGUACAACCAUAUCUCCAGCACAUGCUGCAGGAGGCUGGGACUGAAAAUCAGUCCCAAGAUUAAGCCUCUCAGUGAAUCCAUGCCUAAUGCCAUGACAUCCGUGCAGCUCCAGAUUGGUAGCGAAAGGGUGCAGUGUACUGCUCAGGUCAUAGAUGAUGAGGCGUUUGAGCUAUGCCUGGGCCUACAGACUCUGCUGGAGCUCAAAUGCUGUGUUGACCUGGACAGCAGAGUGCUCCGCCUGCACAGCAACGGCGAGGAGCUACCCUUCUUGAAGACGCCUACCCAUAGCCAGUGCCAUCACCGUGACAACAACAAAAACCUGUGACCUUUAACCUCACCCUUGAUCAUGCCCCCACUAUAUAUGAGUGAGAAUUUGGACCACAGCCAUUGUUCUCCUCCCUUUUACCUCUCCUUCUCUCACCCUGCUUUUUUCCCCUUACAACCUUGUUUUUUGUGUUGGUUUGUGCAUCCGUUACAGCAAAAUCAUCGUUUUGACUCUUUGUGCUCAAUUUGUGCCAUAAUUAAAGAGAUUUAUGAAAUUUACAAGCUGAGAGAUCAUACCAAGGAACAUUAGGAUUGUCCAGCCAAAACAGUAAAUGAAAACUGAACGUGGAUCAAAAAUUAGCCAUCUAUGCCUGUGAGUUAUUAAAGUACGAAAACACAAAAUGCUUUCAAUUCAAUUAAAGUAAAUGGAAGAUUCGUCAAACCUCAGACAUGUGUCGUCUCCCCAUUGCGUCAGUAAAUAUGACACGACAAAACAGAACCUAUUAACAGUGCACUCCUUAAUAAUGAGCCUAAAUGCAAUCAGAACAAAAUUCACUUCAAAUAUUUUUGUAACUGUAAAAAUAAUCAAAAUGAAACUGUGUGUUUAAAGCACAGCUAAACAUGCACUGAAACAUAUACAUCUU